AGUAGUAAUAUCUUUGACACAAAUAAAACUGUCAAUGUGAAAAAAAUUCAAAUGUCAAAAUACGAUGUGAUGUAUGGAGUGCAAAAUGUUUAUUUGUUAGAAAAAAACUCGUUAGAAAGUAUUAACAAGCCGUAAAACUUGAAGAUAUUACAGUCUAUUAUUCAGAACCUAUUUCCGUUUUUUUACUGUGUUUAAGUUUAACAAGUCACUCUAGAUUAAUCUUAUAAAGUGGUUAGCCUUGAAGUGGAUGUCAUCUAUUACUGCAAAUGAGUGUUGUUUAUUUUACAUUUAGUGGUAUUUGUCGCUUUUUACUAUUAUAUGGCUUUGAUAUUUGACAUAUGUCCCAUUCCGUUCUCUGGGAGGCAUGUUUUACACACGUAUUCGGGAGAAGGGUGCAGGUCUAGCAGUCGUCUGGUGCGUGUGGCUGGCGGUGGCGGGCGCUGGCUCGUCGGUGCCGUGCGACAAGACGCGCCGGGUCUACACCGAGCCCAGCGGCAUCAUCACCGACGGGCCCAGCAACUCCAACUACACACAAGAUUCUCACUGUGAAUGGCUGAUCAAAGCUGCCAACAAGAGUCAGUAUAUAACUCUGAGCUUCAUUCGUAUGGGCACGGAAUGUUCCUAUGACUAUGUGUUUGUUUAUGAUGGAGACUCCUUCGAUGCUCCGCUGUUGGGAAGUUUCAGCGGCAAAACAGAGCCUCAGAAUGUGACUGCAUCUAGUGGGUUUAUGUUAAUACUACUAUACAGUGAUACUAACUAUGUGCUGGAUGGAUUCCGAGCGUCAUAUGCCAUCCACAACUGCCCCAACAACUGCUCAGGGCGGGGGCUGUGCUUGUCCAACAAGUGCUUCUGCGUGGGCAAGUGGGGCAGCCCCGACUGCAGUGUGGAGCUGUGUCCCAGCUCCUGCUCCAACAAUGGACAGUGCAAGGGCGACCGCUGCUUGUGCAAGUCAGGGUAAGCACACUUAUUCUUA